UACAGCGGAGCCCAUGGAAGGCAUCAUCAGAUGGAUUUUCUCCUCUCUCGAGCGCUCCAACGUCUCUAACUUCUAGUGCUCGGAAUCUGGUGAUAAGAGUCCGCAAUUGUCCAUGAUUGACUCGCUCGUGGCGCCGAAUUGUGCAGUGUUGCUGUGAAGUGUCCUGGAUUUCUCGUGUGUGUGCGUGGCCCCAAAUUCUCCGAGAGGGAAAUUACACGCCACCCUCUUCUGCACGGGCGCCCAUUUCCAUCGAUUUUACACUCUUCUCCGCAGAAGUUGCACUUUCUGCAGAGUUCUCUGAGCUCUGAGACUCGCGAGCGCUACAGCAUUUGCAGGUAAAUGCCAGUGAGGGAAAUUGCCUGAAACAUGUACAAGACAGUGCGUCAUGGUGAGAACAGUCUGCAGUACACAAUUCUGCCCCAGAAUGACGACUUCAGAGGCGGAGCGACGGACGGUGGCCGGAAGAGGAGCAGCAGGACGUGUCGGCACAACCGCAAGAAGUCCAUCGUGGCAUAUGUGGGGUUGUUCUUCGUGUGCGCCGUGAUUGCGGGCACCCUGCUCAUCCCACUCAUGGUGACCAGCGACCUCAUGCCCAGUCCGGCGUCGUGGUUCUACAGAGCCCAGAAGGCGCGCGAGAUGCGCAAUCCCGUGAGCGUGAAGUACCAGGUGGACAAGACAGCGCCGACGGCAGAGAGUGCGCCAGCGAAAGCACACAAGACGCAAUCGCCCGCCUGGUCGGACAUGCUGAACAUCACGGAAUUCGAGAAGCUGUACGACGAAAGCAACGCCUUGGCCGCCAAGUCUACGCCUCACGCGCCCCAGACGGUCACCACGGAGAGCACCAGCACCAGCACAGAGAAGAGCACCACGGUCGCCCCCACGAGCCGACCGAGCGCCCCCGCGCCCACGCACAUCAACACGCGGAAGCAGCCGCUGGUGGCCAGCAUCCGCGACUCCACGCGCUUCUCCAGCAAACCCAUCGUCGUGGUGAGCCAGCAGAACGACAAGAUCGCCGUGAAGAGCGCCUCCGGGAAGAUUUUCGACGAGAAGAACUGGGUGCAGUCGCACUGGCCCUACGUGGAUCCCUCCACGUACUUCCAGUGGGUGGGCAACACGGAGGACAGAGUGAUUCUACCCGUCAUCCUGGGCAUCGCCUUCCUGCUGGUCCUUCUGAUUGUGGUACUCUGCGUCAUCGCGAGGCGCAAGGGAGUUUGCAAGGCGUGCGCCAAGAGAAACGGAAGGAACACCUUUGAGAAGCUCGAGUCCCAAAACGAUGACAACAAGACUCUUCUGACCAGUGAAAAUCACUCUGAAGAGGAGUAAAUCUGCAUUUUGAGUAAUGGACUUCCUUCUCAACUUUUCAACUUGCUUUCAAGAUAAGUCAGACUAAGUUACGUGAACCCAAUUCUAAGUACUCUUAAAUGUAUAUAUGUAUGAUUUUGAUGCCUGAUUUCCAGAAGAAAGACCGCCUAAUUUAUUCCAUUCGCAACUUUGCGAUGUAUAUUCAAAAUAGUGAAUCGCGCUCCCAAAAUUGCUUGUAAUCUUGAUGAUGUCUGCUCACCCUCGAGAUUCCUUUCACAACUUUCUCCUCCCUUUUUGCCAUCACAGCCGGACAAUUUUGCUAUUAUGAAUAACAAUAAAUUUCCCACCAAAUGAGCUUUUUGUGAGCCAAUAAAGAGAGACUUUCGAGGCGAAAGCAAUGCAGUCUUGUGCACACGCAAAGGAAAUUGUCUGAGCGUCGCGCAGAGGGUUGAGCAUACAGAACUCAAUUUUCUUUGACAUUAUACAGAAAGAAAAAGAAAAAAACCCAUAAUAUACUAUAUAAUUACCAAUUUAGUAUUAAAAGCCAUGCUGAAACUUGAAAACAGAGGAAAAACACAGCGUAAAUAUGAUAAGUAAUGUAUAAUCAGUAAGAAUUGUAGUUGACAAAAUAAUUGAUGUUUAAUUGAUGCUAAAAAGUGUGUUACGUAUACAAGAUAAGGUAUAAACAAGGAUUACACUAACUUUUGUGAUAUACAAAUUGAUUUUGGAGGCAAGAAGAACACAAAAGCCGUGUAAUGCAGCUCAACAACUUUUCGAGAUUAUGGGAUUAUUAUUCCGAACGCAACAGUAUUUCAUGAUUUUGACUUGAAGAAUGUCUUAUUGCAGCGCAACCUAAUUAUCUCAGCUUGACUAUAAUGAAUUACUAUAAUCUCUAUAGUGGAAAAUUACAUUACUUAAGGCGUAAACUCUAUUUAAUAACAUUGUAUUUGAUGAUGAGAGUAUUUUAGGCAAGAGGAAAAAUGCAAAAUCCCAAGAGAGUCUCGCUAAUAUUGUAGCUAUUCUUAAGAUGAGUGUCGUGUAAAAAAGAAUUCUUCUACAACCAAAACUUGGAUUUAGCAAAGCAAAAAAAAUGGUGGAAAUACAAUGUAGUGAGAGAAGAUGUUAUUUUGAGGAGGACUUACAAUAUAAAAAGAAAAAAAUCAACACACAAUACACACAAAAAGUAUGUUGAAAGGUGCCUUUUUAACAAGACAAAAAUAUAGUUUUUUCACUAAUUUCACUUUCUCAAAGUCACUUUUCUCUCCCUUAGGAAAUGGAAAUCCUUCACGAUUUUUUAUUGGGAAAUUCGUCCGUUUAUUUUUGUAGUGCGAGGAAAGAGAGAGAGAGUUUACUAGACUUUGUAGGUGGAUUUUAUGUACGUGUACAUAGGAAAAUUUGGGAGUUUUAAGAACCAAAGGAGGAAAUUCUUGACAAAGCGUUGUAGUGAAGAUAAAAAGAUAUUUACACUGAAUUUUUCUCUCAUUUUCAUUCCCAUUUAUUUUUUAUAUGAAGCCAUUUUACUGGAUAGAAACUUAGAUCGAAAGAGACUUUAGAUGUGAGAGGAACAAAGCAUGAAAACAAGGGAUUUUGUGUUAGAUGAAUUGUAUUAAAAAGGUGAAGAAAAUAUACUGUGUAAAACUCCGCGUUCGUGUGAAGAAUCACAUUCCUUCAUAUCAUCCAGCAUUACAAUAUUGGUUCUCCUUCUCAAGACCAUAUAAUCGAUGCAUUUACAGAACGUAUAUAUAACUUUUGAAUGAGACAAACAUACAUAUUAACAGAAAAAUAUAUAUCAGAGCAAUAUUUUAGCGUUUUGUGAACACCUCCUAAAAAGUGCUCACACACACCGCAUUUCGAUAUAAUGUGAUUCUUUUCCAGUAUUAAUUGGAUUAUGCGCUUGUUUUGAAGUAAGAUUACAUGAAAAUGGUUAUAUUAAAUGUUCAACACACAUUCUAGAAUACAUAAAAAGUGAGAAAAAGAA